AUGUUUAAUUUAUUGGUCACUUUAAUUGUAUUAAUGCUAUCUUUCUCGGAUGCUUUUAAUCACCCAAAUUAUUUCAAGAGAGAUGAUCAUAGCAGUCAAAAUUGCCCUAGUGUCUUAUUAGCAGCCACCUUUGAUCAAAAAGUACAUAAGGCCGUAGGACAACUUACAUUACACCAAAGCAAUGAUGGGUCGAUAUGGACCCAAGGGGCCUUUCAGUCUGGAUUUUGGAAGGAUAGUUGGACCUAUGAGUGGACCAUACAAAAUGGCUGCGGCCAUACGAUCACCACUCUUUCAGAGCAAAUCUCAUUCGAUGUUACCGAUACAAAUUCAUGUGGUGAUACUAUUUCAUAUACUAGAAAAAGUAAUGGUUUUAGAAGGAACGAUAAAUCUGAUGAACACAGUUGUUCUAGUGUUGUUGGUCCUAGCGGUAUCUCGCCCAUUGUUGUUAAUGUUAAUGAAUGGACUUGGCAUUGUGGUGGUAAUGGAAUUAAAUUCCAAACAUGUGAGGGUGAAGACAUUUAUAAAAAAUACAUUCCUCCUUACCUACUUCAUGGUCAUGAUAAAGAUGAUCAUGAAAACCGUACUGAUGACGAUACGUUUUCUGCGCCUAAGAAAAGAGUUAAGGAUCUAGCUAAAGGUUCACUAACUGGGUUAUAUGUUGUAAUCAACGGUUGCGAGACGUCAAAAGGGCGUCGUGGGUCGAGUAGUAUGCGUGCUGCUGCACCAGUCGUUAAUAUUAACGGAGAUGGAAACGUUAUCACCCCUCCUAAUCCACCGGCAAAUGAUCCUGCCAAUCCACCGGCAAAUAACCCUGCCAAUCCACCGGCAAAUAACCCUGCAAAUCCACCGGCAAAUAACCCUGCAAAUCCACCAGAUGCCACAGCACCAGUUGCCACAGAUGCCACAGCACCAACUGUCACAGAUGCCACAGCUGCUACAGAUGCCACAACAGCACCAACUGCCACAGAUUCCAUAGCAUCAGCUUUGACUACAGAUACAGCAACCUCUACAGUAACAGUGACUAAUACUUCCAUUGUACCACCAGCUGCAACGGCGACAUAG